AAAAUAAUUGAUGAAAUAAGAAAUAUGGACAUAGACGCAUGAACAUAAAAGUGGAUUUCAUUAUACCUAACCUAACCUAACCUAACCUAACCUAACCUAACCUAACCUAACCUAACCUAACCUAACCUAACCUAACCUAACCUAACCUAACCUAACCUAACCUAACCUAACCUUACCUAACCUAACCUAACCUAACCUAACCUAACCUAACCUAACCUAACCUAACCUAACCUAACCUAACCUAACCUAACCUAACCUAACCUAAUGAUUAACUGGCCAUGGAGGAAGAAGAUGCUACUCCGCGUUAUGUUCGCGUGUGUAGGAGUGUGUACACAAGACAUCUGAAGACAGCCGUGGGGGGCGUGGUGGUCCUAACCGUGGUGUCUGUGCUCCUCUACGCGCCCACGUCACCCACGCUCACCUACACGCCCGCACACGCCCUCAGCGGAGAUGCAGCGGCGGCGGCGAUGGGCGAGGGUACACCUGCCCCCAUGUGCUCCCCUGUGACCCACCUAUUCUUCCUUAAGACUCACAAGUGUGCCUCUUCCACCGUCCAGAAUAUCUUGUUUCGCUAUGGUUACUCGAGGAAUCUUACCUUCGCCCUGCCUGCUACUGGGAACUACCUUGGUAACCCCGCGCUGUUCCAGGCUAAGAACAUGCCCAAGAACCUAUUACCGAGAGACGGCCGUGUUGACAUCUUCGCAGUGCACUCCCGCCUCAACCCGCCCCAACACAGCCUGGUCCUGCACUCCGACACGCGCUGGUUGACUGUGGUGCGGGAGCCAACAGCGCUGUACGAGUCACUGUUUAGCUUCUACCAUAUGAACAACGCCUAUGGGUUUGACUUACAUGAGUUUGGCAAGAAGAGCGCCCAGGAGCUAGCCAACCUCCCACGUUACGGCGGGAAGCUCGGCAAGAACCAGAUGCUGUUUGACUUAGGCUACAAAGCAGAUCUGACAGUGACGGAGCUGAGAAAAGCCUUGGAUGAGAUAGACCAGAGAUUUGACCUGGUCCUUAUCGCCGAGAGAAUGGACGAGAGCCUGAUACUUCUUCGACACCUUCUUUGCUGGAGUCUUUAUGAUGUCGUUGUGUUUACCAAGAACGCGAGGAGGAGCGAGGUGAAGAAGGGGCUAGACGAGGUUACGAUGAGGGCUUUAAGAGAACUGAACAGCGCUGAUGUUAUUUUAUACGAGCAUUUUUUGGGGAAGCAUAAAGAGGCGGUGUUUGCGUUUGGUGAAGGGAAGAUGGCCAGUGAAUUAUCAGCGUUGAGAAGUUUAAGAGAUGAAUGUUACGAGGAGUGUGGCCUGAGGGAAGUCAAAGGAAGGGAUAAGAGUUUGAAGUUUAAGGAAUAUUCCGGGUUAGUGAAUGCUUAUGUGGCUGAAAAUACUACAGAUUCUCAGUGCCUUCUGCUCUCUCUUCCCGAGUUGGCCCUUGUAGAUUUAGCAAGGAAAAAGCAAGUUAGUUUGGUGAAUAAAAAGGAUGUUUCGCCGCCUCCUCCUCCUCCUCCUCCUCCUCCGCCUCCUCCUCCUCUUCCUUCUUAACCUCUUCCUCCUCAUCCUCCUUAAAAGUUGUUGUUGUUUUUCUUGU